AUGAGUAAUCGUUUCUUAUGCUGUUUAGGAGGCGGAGGCUCAAGUAAAGUAAUGCAAGAUCCAUCGGAACUACCGCAACAACAACAACCAUCGGAUUCGUCGGAUUCAUCGGAUACACCGGGACAACAAAGUGAAGGUGACGACGAAGCUGACGACGAAGAUCCGAGUUCUAUAGUUAAAUUUCGAUGGAAUGAUGUCGUAGAGGGAACCGAUAACUUCGCGAUAACACAUUUGAUCGGCCAAGGAACCUACGGCAAAGUCUAUCGCUGCAAGUUCCCAGAAGGUCACAAGGUUGGAGCUGCAAAGAUUCAUAGUAAUGGUAUCACAGAUGGUCUUAGUGAGACCGUAGCAGAGACUACAACGUUAUAUGCAGCUGAUCACCCAAAUGUGAUUAAACUUGUCGGCAAAUAUUAUGGGAUGGAAAAAAGUGUCCUAGUCUACGAAUUCAUGCCUAAUGGCUCUCUUGACCACCAUCUCUUUGCUCACGCGAGGCAGGUUCAGGGUCUUACUCUGCCAACUAGGGUUUUGGAUUGGAACACGAGGUUGAGAAUUGCUGUUGGUGUAGCCGAAGGUCUUGUUUAUGUACACCAGGGGCUUUAUGCGAUUCACAGAGAUAUCAAAGUCGAAAACAUUUUACUUGACAAGGAUUUUGUGCCGAAGCUGACUGAUUUUGGAUUUGCGACUAAGAUCGUUUACAAUAGUGAUGGUGUUGAGAGGCUGAGGGAGUUCAAUACGCGUGGAACUCAAGGAUACAUAGCACCGGAAGCAGAUGAGUUCGCGUUGGUUUCGACUAAGUCCGAUAUCUAUAGCUAUGGAGUUCUUCUGUUAGUGCUUUUAACUGGAAGGAAAGCCUAUGAUCUGGCGAGACCUGUUGCGAAAGAGAAACUCACUGAUUGGUUAAUGCCAGUAUGGACUAGAUUGGAGUAUGCGCCUAUGAUAGUUGAUGUUGCGCUCGGUAAUAAGUAUUCAAUUGAAGGUUUAAACAGACUACUUCAAACUGCGAGGAUGUGUAUAAACCCACAGGCACUUGAACGGCCUGCCAUGGAUUUUGUGGAAACGAUGGUUCGUGAAGCUGCAGCUUUCCCGGUCCCAAAGGAGCCCCUGGUGAAAGAGAGGAUUUCGACUUCGAAAUAA